AGAAUGGGCAGAUGCUGCUUCUACACGGCCGGGACGCUGUCCCUGCUCCUGCUGGUGACCAGCGUCACGCUGUUGGUGGCCCGGGUCUUCCAGAAGGCCGUGGACCAGGCAGUCGAGAAGAAUGUUGUGUUAAGGAAUGGCUCCGAGGUCUUUGACUCCUGGGAAAAGCCCCCUCUGCCCGUGUACACCCAGUUCUACUUCUUCAAUGUCACCAACCCAGAGGAGAUCCUCAGAGGGGAGAUCCCUCGGCUAGAAGAAGUGGGGCCAUACACCUACAGAGAACUCAGGAACAAAGGCAAUGUGCAGUUUGGAGAUAACGGAACAACGAUAUCUGCUGUUAGCAACAAGGCCUACGUCUUUGAACGAGAGAAAUCUGUCGGCGACCCUCAAGUUGACUUAAUUAGAACUUUAAAUAUUCCUGUAUUGACUGUCAUCGAACUGUCCAAGGUCCACUUCUUCCAGGAGAUCGUCGAGGCCAUGCUGAAGGCUUAUCAGCAGACACUCUUUGUGACUCACACAGUGGACGAAUUGCUCUGGGGCUACAAAGACGUCAUUUUGUCCCUCAUUCAUGUUUUCAGACCUGAGAUCACUCCCUUUUUUGGCCUGUUCUAUGGGAAAAAUGGGACUAACGAUGGAGACUACGUCUUCCUAACUGGAGAGGACAAUUACCUUAACUUCACAAAGAUCGUGGAAUGGAAAGGAAAAACGUCACUUGACUGGUGGGCCACAGACAGGUGCAAUAUGAUUAAUGGAACCGAUGGAGAUUCCUUCCACCCACUAAUAACCAAAGACGAAGUCCUAUACGUCUUCCCAUCUGAUUUCUGCAGGUCAGUGCAUCUAACUUUCAGUGACUUCGAGAGUGUGCAGGGUCUGCCUGCCUUUCGGUAUAAGGUGCCUGCAGAAAUAUUAGCCAAUACCUCAGAAAAUGCUGGCUUCUGUCUACCGGAAGGAAACUGCUUGGGCUCAGGAGUUUUAAAUGUCAGCAUCUGUAAGAAUGGUGCACCCAUCGUUAUGUCUUUCCCGCACUUUUACCAAGCAGAUGAGAGCUUUGUUUCUGCCAUAGUUGGUAUGCAUCCAAACAAGGAAGAGCAUGAGUCAUUUGUGGACAUUAAUCCUUUGACUGGAGUCAUCCUGAGAGCAGCCAAGCGGUUCCAAAUCAACAUUUACGUCAGAAAAUUAGAUGAGUUUAUUGAAACGGGAGACAUUAGGACCAUGGUUUUUCCAGUGAUGUAUCUCAAUGAGAGCGUUCUCAUUGAUAAAGAGACUGCGGGUCGACUGAAGUCUGUGAUCAACACUACCAUGAUCAUCACCAACAUACCCUACAUCAUCAUGGCGCUGGGUGUCUUCUUCGGCUUAAUCUUCACCUGGCUUGCAUGCCGGGGACAGGGAUCCAUGGAUGAGGGUACGGCAGACGAAAGGGCACCCCUUAUACGAACCUAACCAUCGCCUGAGCUUGGUGAAGGAACUGUGGGAGCUGGCCUGACCUGGACCACGCGCCGCAUUGUGAGGGACCCUCCGCAUCCUCACAGGCUUGUUUCCUGUCGGGAGGAGGGAGAAGACACAGUGCUAGCAAGUGAUGAAAGCACUGGGGUCAGGGGUUAGCUCACUGGCUGACCUGGAUGGCCAUUACGUUUUACAAAAUCACGUGGUCUCUGAGACAGUUUUUUCAAGUGUUUAGCAAAUAUUUAAUAAACCCUUGUAUAGUAAUUU